UGCGUCAUUGUGGUUGGGUAGUUCAGACAAUGCUGCUCUGUUGCCUAUGGACAGCGUUGCCCCUGGUGGUGAUGGUGCUCGGUCAGACGUACUACAUCAAUUUUGUAUUCAAUAACAAUCGCUAUGGAAGUCGGCUCGAGCAUAAUGCGGGAAUCGAAUCCAAUGAGGAACAGAGCAAAGAAGAAAAGACAUAUAAUAUAGUGGAUAAGGAUACUGUAGAGGUAAGCUCAAAAGAGAUCUGCCCACCAGAUGAGCCACAAGAUGAUCCAAAAGAUGAGCCACCAUAUGGCGAUAUUCAAAGGUUAGACCACGUGCAUCCCAACACCGACGAAACGAAUGAAAUUGGAGGAGAUUUGCAGAUCAAUAAAACCUCAGUUCCGCCGAAAGGCAACUAUACGGGCACAAGUUCUACAACUAUCACCAAGAAGCCAAAUACCCCUAGGACUACAAGGAAGGGAAGUACUACUAGGGAGCCAAGUACCACUGGGAAGACGACAGAGCUAAUCACAGAGACAACCAGAAGGACUAACACAGGGACAAACACAGGGUCAAACACAGAGACAAACACAGAGAAAAACACAGGGAAAAACACAGGGACAAACACAGGGAAAAACACUGGGACAAACACUGGGAAAAACACAGGGACAAACACAGGGAUUAAACCAGGGACUAACAAAGGGAUUAACACAGCGACAAACCCAGGAAAAAACACAGGGAAAAACACUGGGACAAACACUGGGACAAACACUGGGGAAAACACAGGUACAAACACAGGGAUUAAACCAGGGAAUAACAAAGGGAUUAACACAGCGACAAACCCAGGGAAAAAUACAGAGACAAACACUGGGACAGACACAGGGAAAAACACUGGGACAAACACUGGGAAAAACACAGGGACAAACAUAGGGACCAACAAAGGGAUUAACACAGAGACAAACCCAGAGAAUAACACAAAGACAAACCCAGAGAAAAACACAGGGACUAACACAGGGACAAACACUGGGAAAAACACUGGGAAAAACACAGGGAAAAACACUGGGACAAACCCUGGGACAGAUACAGGGAUAAACACUGGGAUAAACACUGGGACAAACACAGGGAUUAACACAGGGACUAACAAAGGGAUUAACUCAGAGACAAACCCAGGGACAAAUACAGGGACAAACACAGGAACAACUACAGAGAAAAACACAGAUACAACCAAAGAGCAAACCAUAGAGAUAAACAUAGGGACAACCACAGAGAAAAAUACAGAGACAGCAAUAGAAAAAAAUGCCGAGACAGCCACAGAGAAAAAUAGAGAGACGGCCCCAGAGACAAAUAUAGACACAGUCACAGAGAAAAAUACAGAGACAGCCACAGAGAAAAAUGCCGAGACAAAUAUAGAGACAGCCGCAGAGAAAAAUGCCGAGACAGCCCCAGAGAUAGCCACAGAGAAAAAUAGAGAGACGGCCCCAGAGACAAAUAUAGACACAGUCACAGAGAAAAAUACAGAGACAGCCACAGAGAAAAAUGCCGAGACAAAUAUAGAGACAGCCGCAGAGAAAAAUGCCGAGACAGCCCCAGAGACAAGUACAAAGACAGCCCCAGAGAAAAACAAAGAAACAAGUACAAUGACAGACACAGAGAUAAAUAGAGAGAGAACGGCAGAGACAAAUACAGAGACAACCACACCGCAUUGGUUGAAGGCCACACCGCAUCCUUCCGAAUUUUUCGAAUAUCCGGAAGCCAUCUGUCACGAGGAUAUGGACUUGCAUGAGGUGUUUGGCGUUACCCUGGCCCGCGACCGUGGUCUGCCCGCUAAGAUUCUGUGCGAAUUCCAGAAUGAUUGGGGCGGUCCUUGGCUAUUGAUGAACCGCAUGGAGCUGCCGGCCCGGCUGCACAUGAGGCACUGGUUCUUUGGCUAUCUAACCGACGACUAUAAGGACAUGAACAUCAACUUCCUAGCACUGGCGCAUAUCAUAAAUACCAUGCGGCUGGCCAUGCUCAUCAUUGGCCAGGAUAACAAUAAUGAGCUGGUCUACAAUCUGUACGAUAAUGUUGUCAUCUCCGGUUUCAAUGAUCUCUUCAUGCUACGCAAGGCGCACCUUGUCGAGGCGAACACAACGGACCUGCUCUUCGUCUCGGUGGGCGAGGUGAUUGAGUCGGACGCGGGCAGGAAUCGUUCGUGCCCCUUUCGGGUGCUGGGCGCCUGGUGGGGUCCCAAGUGGGAUAGCUCCAAGCGAACCUUUUGUGUAUUUCCUGUUGAGCGCGACAUCAAUCGGCCCGGUUAUAUGGCCAUAUUUAUCAAGCCAAAUCCGUUUGAGGUUAAUAAUACAGCUUUUUACGAGGAGGAAAUUACCACCCGCCGUCCCUGGGCCUCUACAAUGGAUCUCGAGCUAUUGGCUCAGCUAAAAAAUGAUCGCAAACAGUACGAUGAGGUUAAGGAGCAGGAGUUUCUUCUCAAUAAGAAGAAAGUCAAAGAAGAGAUGCAUCGCCGUGUGGAUCUUUUCAAUCGGGGCGAUUAUCAGCCAAAAAAUGAUUUAAAAUUCAAAACCCUGACGACCAUAGAUCAGUCAAUGACCAAAACGUAGCAGAGAUCAUACGCAAACGUAGCUUUAAGUAGGAAAAACUAAAAAAAAAAAGACUUAACCUCGAGGAAAUGUACACAAAUUUGAAGACUCAAUAGUUUAAAUAAGGUAAAAAAUGAUAGACCAAAAACUAUUAUUAAUUACAGUUAAAAGAUAACAUAAGUUUAGUUUGGCAGUUAUAUGAUAAAGUGCUGCCAGAUCGCUUGAACUGUAUAAUAAUAAGACAAAAUACGUUAAGAAAAACUAGUAAAUAAU